CCAACCCCCUUCCCACCCCCCCGUUUUGGGGUGCCCCGGCCAUCCGGGGGGUCCCCGCUGAGGCCGCGCCGCUCGUGCCGCAGGUGACGAUCUCGGUGGACGGGAUCCUGACCACCACGGGCUACACGCAGGAGGAUUUCACCAUGCUGGGCUCUGAUGACUUUUUCUACGUGGGGGGGUCCCCCAACACCGCUGACCUGCCGGGGUCCCCCGUCAGCAACAACUUCAUGGGCUGCCUCAAGGACGUUGUGUACAAGAACAACGACUUCAAGCUGGAGCUGUCGCGGCUGGCGCAGGAGGGGGACGCGCGGGUGACGCUGCACGGGGCGCUGCUGUUCCACUGUGACCCCCCUCCAGCGCUGGACCCUGUCACCUUCGCCACCCCCCAGGCGCACCUGGCACUGCCCACCUGGCCCCCGGCCCGCGCCGGCUCCGUGUCCUUCGACUUCCGCACCACGGAGCCCAACGGGGUCCUGCUUUUCGGGCAGGGCCCCGCCCGCGACCCCCCCGCCGCCCCCCGGGGGCCGCCCCCGCCGCCCCCUGACUUUCUGGCGCUGGAGCUGCUGGACGGGCACCUGUACCUGCUGCUGGGCAUGGGCGCGGCGGGGCUGCGGCUCCGCGCCAGCGCCCGCAAGGUCACGGACGGAGAGUGGUGCCACGUGGACGUGCAGCGCGACGGGCGCAAGGGCUCGGUGUCCGUGAACAGCCGCAGCACCCCGUUCCUGGCCAGCGGGGACCGCGACGUGCUGGACGUGGGCGCAGAGCUGUACCUGGGGGGGCUCCCCGAGGGCCGGCCCGGCCCCCCCGCGCCCCCCGAGCUCUGGGCCGCGGGGCUGCGCCUCGGCUUCGUGGGCUGCGUGCGGGACCUGUUCGUGGACGGGCGAAGCCGCGACGUGCGGGCGCUGCUGGGGCCCGGGGGGGCCCCGGGGGUCGUCCCGCUGUGCGCGCGAGACCCCCCCCGGCUGUGCGCGAGCGGGCCCUGUCGCAACGGAGGGACCUGUCGCGAGGGCUGGAACCGCUUCGUGUGCGACUGCCGCGGCACCGGCUACCUGGGGCCGCGCUGCGAGACAGAGGCCGCGGUGCUGAGCUACGAUGGCAGCAUGUACCUGAAGGUGCAGGUGCCGGGGGAGCAGACGGAAGCCGAGGACGUGUCCCUGCGCUUCAUGUCCCCCCGCGCCUUCGGCCUCGUCCUGGCCACCACCUCGCGCCACUCGGCCGACACCCUGCGCCUCGAGCUGGACGGGGGGCGCAUGAAGCUCACCCUCAACCUGGACUGUGUCCGCGUGGGCUGUCACCCCAGCAAGGGCCCCGAGACGCUGUUUGCGGGGCAGCGGCUGGACGACAACGAGUGGCACUCGGUGCGCGUGGCCCGGCGCGGGCGCAGCCUCCAGCUCGCCGUCGACAACGUCACCGUCGAAGGGCAGCUGUCGGGCUCGCACACCCGCCUGGAGUUCCACAACAUCGAGACGGGCAUCGUGACCGAGCGGCGCUUCCUGGCCGUGGUCCCGUCCAACUUCCUGGGCCACCUGAGCGGACUGGUGUUCAAUGGGCUGCCCUACCUGGACCUGUGCCGGGACGGCGACAUCAGCUCCUGCGAGCUCAACGCGCGCUUCGGCCGCCGCGCCAUCGUGGCCGACCCCGUGGCCUUCGGGGGCCGUGGCUCGUACGUGGCGCUGGCCACGCUCCAGGCUUUCGCCUCCUUCCACCUCUUCUUCCAGUUCAAGACCACGGCGCCCGACGGGCUCAUCCUCUUCAACGGCGGCAGCGGCUCCGACUUCCUCGUCGUCGAGCUCGUCAAGGGGUACAUCCACUACGUGUUCGACCUGGGCGAGGGCCCUUCGCUCAUGAAGGGCAACUCGGAGCAGCCGCUGCACGACGGACGCUGGCACGAGGUGGCCGUGGCUCGGGAGGGAGGGGCCCUGCACGGACUGCGCGUGGACGGGCGGCCCGUGACCCAGCACGGACAGGGGGCCCGCGGCCUCCAGCUCAAGGGUGAGCUGUAUGUCGGGGGGGUCAGCCCGGGGCUCCUGGGGCGGCUCCCGCGGCUCGUGGCCUCCCGCGGGGGCUUCCGGGGCUGUUUGGCCUCGCUGGACCUCAAUGGGCGACUGCCCGACCUGCUCGGGGACGCCCUGCGGCGCGUGGGGGACGUUCGGAGGGGCUGCGACGCCUUCAUCACCCUCACCUUCAUCACCCUCCUCAUCGUCACCUUCAUCACCAUCACCUUCAUCACCAUCAUCACCCUCCUCAUCCUCCCCAUCGCCAUCAACCGCGCGCCCUUCCUCACCCGGGGGCACCACGGUGAGCCUUCAUCACCCUCACCUUCAUCACCUUCAUCACCAUCGCCUUACUCAUCAUCACGUUCAUCACCCUCCUCACCCUCACCUUCAUCACCCUCCUCAUUCUCCCCAUCGCCAUCAACUGCGCACCCUUCCUCACCCGGGGGCACCACGGUGAGCCUUCAUCACCUCAUCAUCAUCAUCACUAUCUCCUUCAUCACCCUCAUCAUCAUCAUCAUCACCUUCAUGACCCUCCUCAUCCUCCCCAUCACCAUCAACCUCAUGCUCUUCCUCACCUGGGAGCACCACU